AUGUCGUCGACUGUGCUCCUGGGCUUGUUCUUGACAAGCAACCUCGUCUCUGCCGCGACUGUGCGUACAUCUACGCCGGUGCUGGGGUGGAACACGUACAACUACUACAAUUGCUAUCCCAAUGAGACUAUCGUCCGGAACAAUGCCCUCGGCUUGGUUAACCUGGGUUUCGACAAGGCUGGCUACACUUACCUGACUGUAGACUGCGGUUGGAACGCCAACUACCGCGACUCAUCGGGCCAGUUGGUGUGGAACCCAAGUAUUUUCCCAGCCGGCGGCGCGGCACUUGGUGAAUACAUUCAUGGCCUUGGUCUGAAAUUCGGCGUAUAUUCCGGCGGCGGCAUCUUGCAGUGUGGUUCGACUGAUCAGCCUGCUUCCAAGGGCCACGAGACGACAGACGCCAAUUCGUUCACAGCAUGGGGUGCAGAUUCUCUCAAGUACGAUAACUGCUUCGCCAACUCGACGACGGACCCGGCAGACUACAACGACCCCGUCACACAGGAUCCUACGAAAUUCCGUGUCAUGAAGGAUGCUCUUGAUGCCACGUCUCGUGCCAUUGUAUACCAAAUCUGCCAGUGGGGUGUUGGUACUGAUAUAGGAACCUGGGCUUCUGAGCUCGGAAAUUCGUGGAGGAUUAGCAACGAUAUCUACAAUGCCUGGCGGAGCAUUUGGCGCAUUACAAACCAGGUCGUACCAUACUACAAGCACACCGGCGUCGGAAAGUACGCCGACAUGGACAUGCUGAUUGUCGGCCUGAACGCGCUCUCACUCGAGGAGGAGAAAUUCCAUUUCGGAAUGUGGGCCAUCAACAAGUCCCCUCUCAUCAUCGGGGCGCCCAUGGACACCAAGCUGGCCCCCACGGCCUCGCUAGACCUCCUCAAGAAUGCCGAGGUCCUCGCCCUGAACCAAGACCCUCUGGGAAAGCAGGCCCAGCUCGUCCGCCGGUACACAACCGAGCAGUACGACGUCUGGGUGGGCGAGCUCUCCGGGUCGCGCAAGGUGCUGGGCCUGGCCAACUGGAACAACGCCAGCCAGAGCGUCACUGUCAGCCUCCCUGCCGACCUGGGAAUCGCCUCCGCCACCGGCCGGGACGUCUGGGCGGCCAAGGACCUCGGCACCCUCAGCAGCUCGUACACGACCACACUUGCCGGCCACGAGCUGCGCCUCAUCGUCCUCUCCAACAUCGCCAACGCAACCUCUGGCAUCCAGACCUCGUCUGGCUACUACACAGCCGCCACGGGCUCUUCCCGCUCCGGGGCCGCCACGGUCGUCGCCUGCCCCUCCGGCCAGUGUCUCCCAGCCGGCAGCAAGGUCGGCAACAUCGGACAGGGCCAGGGCGCGGCCGCGGUGACCUUCGCCAACGUCACGGCCAAGUCCGCCGGGAAGAAGCUCCUAGGCGUGGACUUUGUCAACUACGACGCCGCACUGGGGUCGGCGUGGGGCCUGGGGGACAACACUCGCAACAUGACGAUUGCCGUCAACAAGGCGGCCGCGAGCGGGACGCGCUUUGCCUUUCCGCUCUCGGGCGGUGACUGGUACGACUCUGGGCGGCUGUAUGUCUACGUUGAUGGGUUCCAGGCCGGCAGCUCGAACCAGGUGGUAUUCACUGCUUCGGGGACUGCGCAGACCUGGGCGCCGGACUUGGUUGGGUUUGAGGUCUAUGAGAUUGCUUGA